GCAGUUCCCAGAGUGAUAGUAGCCUAGUCAGUAGUCUCUGUCAGUCGGCCAGGAUGGGAUUUUGGCUUGGGACGAGCAGAGGGGCCGUCAUGGGCGUCAACUGGGUCAGGCGAGGUAGGGCACUUUCCAAACAGUCUAAGUUAGUCCACAUUUAGUCUUGUAGGUUCAUUAUUCACCAUAAUGCUGGUGGAAGAUCAAGCAAAUUUUGCCCAGAUUCUAUUAGAAAGCCAAUUACUAUUUAAAAAAAGAGGGUAUUAGGAGAAAUGCUGCCUGGGAUCUGUGCCGUGUAGUGUCUCACAUUGACCAAAUAAUCUUUUAAAUUAUAGUCAUUUAGUUAAUUGGUUGCUCAUUGCUUGGUUAGGAUGUUGGAUGCAGCUACUGGGAUAAACGCUUAGUGAACUGGCGACCGUGCGGGCCGUGCUCUGCCUCCGUGAAUGCCACGCGAGAGCCCUUUUCUCGCGGUAUCGACCAGCAGCCCCGUAGCCACGCGGGGGGUAGCCUGUGCCCGUGCCACCGUCACCUGGAAAAAGCAGGAGCCACGAGACUCUCCGGAAAGUGUGAGCCCGGACACGAGCCAUGGAUGAUUCAGGGAUCAUCCGGAGACGGAGGCUGCAGGAUCUGCCCCUGCCCCGAAAAAGCAGCAGUUGCCGAACAAGUAACAGGAAAAGCCUCAUCCUGACUAGCACGUCGCCGACUCUGCCUCGACCGCACUCCCCACUGCCCGGACACUUAGGAAACAGUCCAUUGGACAGCCCACGCAACUUCUCACCUAGUGGACCUGCCCACUUUUCCUUCGCCUCCUCCAGAAGGGCUGAUGGUCGGAGAUGGUCCCUGGCUUCUCUGCCUUCCUCAGGAUAUGGCACCAAUACACCCAGUUCAACGUCGUCAAGUUCAUCUCAGGAGCGUCUGCACCAGCUGCCCUUCCAGCCAACCAUGGAUGAGUUGCACUUCCUGUCCAAGCACUUUGGCAGCACCGAGAGCAUCACUGACGAUGAUGGCGGCCGUCGUUCGCCACACGUCCGCCCUCGCUCCCGGAGCCUCAGCCCGGGGCGCUCUCCAUCCUGCUAUGACAAUGAAAUAGUGAUGAUGAACCAUGUCUACAAAGAGCGCUUCCCCAAGGCCACAGCUCAGAUGGAGGAGAGGCUGGCGGAGUUCAUCCAAUGCUACUCCCCAGAGAGUGUUCUGCCGCUGGCCGAUGGGGUCCUGAGCUUCAUCCACCACCAGAUAGCCGAGCUGUCCAGGGACUGCCUGGCCAAAUCACGUGAGGGCCUCAUUACCAGCGUCUACUUCUGCGAGCUGCAGGAGAACCUGGAGAAGCUGCUGCAUGAUGCCUAUGAGCGCUCAGAGAGCUCGGAGCUCACCUUCGUCACCGAGCUGGUCAAAAAGCUCUUCAUCAUCAUAUCUCGUCCAGCCAGGCUCCUGGAGUGUUUGGAGUUCAACCCGGAGGAGUUCUACCAUCUCCUGGAGGCAGCAGAGGAUCACGCCAAGGAGGGACAGCUGAUGAAGACGGACAUCCCUCGUUACAUUAUCAGCCAGUUGGGGCUGACCAGGGACCCGCUGGAAGACAUUGUGAGCCUCGACAGCUAUGACAGCGAGGGUCCGCACACCCCCGAGACCGACGACUCAGCAGAGGGAAAAGGGAGAGCCAUCAAGCCACCCACUGAGGGAGAUUUCCAGACCAUCAAACUGAUUAGCAAUGGAGCAUACGGCGCUGUCUACCUGGUGCGCCACAGGGAGACACGUCAGCGUUUCGCCAUGAAGAAGAUCAACAAGCAGAACCUGAUCCUGAGGAACCAGAUCCAGCAGGCCUUUGUGGAGAGGGACAUCCUCACCUUCGCCGAGAACCCCUUCGUCGUCUCCAUGUUCUGCUCCUUCGAGACGCGGCGUCACCUCUGCAUGGUCAUGGAAUACGUUGAGGGAGGGGAUUGUGCCACUUUGCUGAAGAACAUCGGGGCUUUACCUGUGGAACUUGCCAGGAUGUACUUUGCUGAGACUGUUUUGGCCUUGGAGUACCUGCACAACUAUGGCAUCGUCCAUAGAGAUCUCAAACCCGACAAUCUCCUGAUCACCUCCAUGGGUCACAUCAAACUGACAGACUUCGGCUUGUCUAAGAUGGGCCUCAUGAGCCUCACCACCAACCUGUAUGAGGGACACAUAGAGAAGGAUGCCAGGGAAUUCCUGGAUAAACAGGUAUGUGGUACUCCAGAGUACAUUGCCCCAGAGGUGAUUUUGCGCCAGGGCUACGGGAAGCCGGUGGACUGGUGGGCCAUGGGCAUCAUCCUCUAUGAGUUUCUGGUGGGCUGCGUGCCUUUCUUUGGAGACACUCCCGAGGAGCUGUUUGGACAGGUCAUUACAGACGAUAUAGUGUGGCCAGACGGCGAUGAGGCCUUGCCUGCAGACGCUCAGGCCCUCAUCUCCACUCUGCUCCAGACAAACCCUCUCAUGAGGCUGGGCACCGGCGGAGCGUUCGAAGUGAAGCAGCACCCGUUCUUCACCGAGCUGGACUGGAACAGCUUGCUGAGACAGAAGGCAGAGUUCAUCCCUCACCUGGAGUCAGAGGAGGACACCAGCUACUUUGAUACCCGCUCAGACCGUUACCGCCACAUCAACGCUUACGAUGAGGAUGACACCAACGAUGAUGAGCCGGUGGAGAUCAGACAGUUUUCCUCCUGCUCCCCUCGCUUCAGCAAGGUGUACAGCAGUAUGGAACAUCUUUCUCAGCUGGAGCAGAAAGCUACGACGUCUGUGACCCGGCGGGAGCACAAAGGUCCGCGGGAAGACAAGGUGGCCAAGAGAGAGAGCCUGGGCAGCUUCAGCAUGAGGGACAAGAGCUGGAGGACCGGGUCCCCUGAGAUGAAGCGGCUGUCUUGCUCUGAGUCCCUCUACAUGGAAGGGGACUCGAGUCCUCCCCUUGGAGCUCGGCGACGCUUCUCAGCCCUGAUGGAUACACAUCGUUUUGCCUCACCGCUAGAGAGUGAGCCAGACUUCCUGUCCCGCCAGACCUCUGUCAAGGCCCGCGGGACCUCACUGGAUGGGGCCAGCGCCCCUUCACCCAGCCUACUGGAGCAGAGGAGCAGUCUGAAAGAGGCCAAUGGUGCAGACAAGCCCCCUAGACCAGGCGACACAUCAGGAGCUGCUGUGGCCACCGUGUCAUCCCCGUGCCCCAUAGCAACUAGUCGUGAUGUAGUGACUCCUCUGUAUGACCCUCUGGGGCCACGGGCCACGAACGACCUGGUCCUCCGCAGGGCACGCCACCAGCAUCUGUCCGGGGACGGGGAAAAACGCAACUCCAGACCUGGUAACAAGGUCAUCAAAUCAGCCUCCGCCACCGCGCUGUCUGUUAUCAUCCCAGCUGUGGAACAGCAUGGGGGCUUCUCCCCCUUGGCCAGCCCCAUGUCUCCCCGCUCCUUCUCCUCCAACCCGUCAUCCCGGGACUCCUCUCCCAGCAGAGAUUUCUGCCCGAUGGUCAGCGUGCUUCGCUCACCCAUCACCAUCCAUCGCUCUGGAAAGAAGUACGGCUUCACCCUCAGGGCCAUUAGAGUCUACAUCGGAGACAGCGACAUCUACAGUGUGCAUCAUAUUGUUUGGCAUGUUGAGGAUGGCGGCCCCGCCCAGGAGUCUGGCCUGUGUGCCGGUGACCUCAUCACCCACGUCAACGGCGAAUCCGUCCACGGCCUGGUCCACACUGAAGUGGUAGAGCUCAUCCUCAAGAGUGGGAACAAGGUGACAGUGACCACCACACCUUUUGAGAACACCUCCAUCAAAGUGGGUCCCGCCCGGAAGGCCAGCUACAAGUGUAAGAUGGCUCGACGCAACAAGAGGACCAUGGGAAAGGACGGCCAGGACAGUAAGAAGCGCAGCUCAUUGUUCCGUAAGAUCACGAAGCAGUCGAAUCUGCUCCACACCAGCCGCAGUCUGUCCUCUCUGAACCGCUCAUUGUCAUCCAGUGAGAGUCUGCCUGGCUCUCCGACUCACAGCCUGUCUGCCCGCUCCCCCACACAGGGCUACCGCUCCACCCCCGAGUCCUCAUACCUCGGUGCUUCCUCCCAGAGCAGCUCCCCAGCCUCCAGCACUCCUAACUCCCCCGCCGCCUCCCAGCACAUGAGGCCCAGCUCCCUGCAUGGCCUCUCCCCUAAACUCCACCGCCAGUACCGCUCUGCCCGCUGUAAGUCUGCCGGCAACAUCCCUCUAUCCCCGCUGGCCCACACCCCCUCGCCCACCCAGUCCUCUCCUCCACCGUUGCCAGGCCACACUGUAGGGAGCUCCAACACCACCCAGACCUUCCCUGCCAAGCUCCACUCCUCGCCGCCAGUGGUCCGUCCCAGGCCAAAGAGCGCUGAGCCCCCACGCUCACCUCUUCUCAAACGGGUGCAGUCAGCAGAGAAGCUGGGCUCACCUCUGACCCAGUCCAGCUCUACAGGAGGACUGGGCGGUCCACUGAGGAAGCACAGCCUGGAGGUACAGCACUCUGACUACCGUAAAGACGCAUUCCUCUGUGAGGUGGGGCUCCAGAGCCUCCUGGAGACAGAGGGGGAAAAUCUGCCUCCCAACCCCCCGCCCCUGCCUUCCUCCCCAGCCUCGCCAUCAGCUUCCAGUGCGCUGGAGACUGGUGUGCUGAAACCUGCAAGGAGACUUGGGAGACAAGAGUCACCGCUUAGCAGGGAAGCACUCCUGGCUGGUAGGGAGAGGGAGAAAGAGAGGGAGAGAGAGAGGGAGAAAGAAAGAGAAAGGGAGAAAGAGAGGGAGACUAAGACAGCAACAAUCCUGGAGAGAUCGCCAAGUCGACUUGGAGCCACAGAGAUCCAGUCAUCCUUUACUAGAAAAUCUCAUGCAAAUGAGUUACCGUUGAGCUCCCAGGCUGGCCAAAGCUCCAGACUGCAAUCCCCAAGUACAGACGCUACCAAAGUUACAACACCUAGCACCCCUACCAGAACAACAGGAGGUCUGGGGGGUCUCAAGGGGCCUGAGAAGAGCCCCCAGACCCAGCCAGAUUUGCCUCCUAAACCACAAGAUAAAAAGGCAGCUGGGAGUAUGUUCUCUAAUGGUAAAGAUCCCCAGGAGCAGCUUGGAAGCAGACCUGAACCAAAGCAGGAAGAAGAGAACAGGAGUAGUCUCAGCAGGCCUAGCAUACCCUGUGGUACCACAGGAAAGGGCCCUGUGCUGAAUCCAGAUAAAUGCACCGGCAUUGGCCCAGCCGUGACCGGGGUACCUCUGAGCAUGAGCAAAACCUUUAAACCAUCAGGUAUUCAGGACAGCCUGAGGAAGUGUGGAGCUGAGCACAGUGACUUGAGGACUUCAGAUUUGGGCUCCAAAAGCCCCAAACUCCCAACCAGAGUUCUCGCUCCUGUUGCCUCUACCCACGGCCAGCCGCUCUCCCUUGGCAAGGUGCGGCAGGGUCUCGGGCCUGUCAACUGUUACCGUGGCACCCUCGACUGGGAGGACAAAUGUCGGCUGGAGGUUGUGGAAGAGCACUCGCCUUCCCCUUCUCCCUCCCCUACCGCUGUAACGCCCUCCCUCUGUGGACCUUCCCUCUGCAAGUCACGCCCUGUCUCCCCUGGUGACAAGACAAGCUUUGUCACCCAGCUGACCACUGUGGCCAAAAAUGUCCUGGGACCAAUCAAGCUCGGCUCUCAGGAGGGGGCCAAAAGCAAAGACCAGCAGCCGAAAGCAGCGGAGGACAAGCAGGGAGGCUCAGCAGGGAAGUCUGAGACUUCUGCUGGAGGCCGAGCGUUGGCAGCGGUGGUGACCCAAAGUCCUGUUAGUUCACAGCUAGAGAAGGCUGCAACAGGUAGCACCCCCCAAAAGAUGUGACCUCAUGGGGUCUCCGAAGGGGACUUUAGGAAUUGAGAUGCCUUUUUUGGAAGAACAAUGCAACAGAAGUCAAGCACUUAGAAACAAUGUACAUUCCAAUUUCAUAGUAUAUCAGAUAUGAUAUUUAUUGAAUCCAGUUAUUGACUGACUCUAAAUGAAAUUCAGGAGUGAAAAAGUCCACUGUAAAGGUGCAUUUAUUGUUGAUUUUCUAUUAUAAAGUAUCUAUUUAAUAAGAGGACUCUUCGUGUAAUGUAAUACUCUAAAUCAGAUGUAUAUAUGUGUGGGUCUGUGUGAAUGCAUGUCAAAUGGUAUGUACUGUAUAUGUAUAAUAGGUACAAAAAGGUCAAAAAGUGCUUUACUGAUCAAAACAUGCUGAAUACUGUGAAUACCAAAUCCAGUCACUCUAUUUUGUAUCUCAACCAGCCCUUUUGUCUUUUUCCUGUAUCAAAUAAGCCACUGAAACAGAGGAUAAAGUGAGGCACAAUCAAAUCACAGCAUUCACAUUUAACAACACAAAUGGCACAUGCAACACAAGUUCGACUACAGUGGGUAAGCAAACAAUAAGAUGAUUAAGCUAAUUUAUUCUCGAUCCAGCAGUGUACUUUCCAUGAGUUGAUUUGCAUAGUCAGACAAAGCCAGGCCAGGCAUUCUGUCAGUGGAUGUCACAUCAAGCACUGUCCGGCUCGCUCGCUCACUCACUCACUCAGGGGUUUGGUGUGCAUGUGUAUGUGUGUGUGUGUUUGGGACGGGAGGGGUAGCAGCUGAAUGCAAAGCCACCUUGGGUCUAUUUCUGGUGGUCCUUGAAGGCUGCGUCCCGUCGCAGGGGAAAGCAGGGUCGACAGAGCUCAGGCUCAGUCCUUAUCUCUGCUUCGCAGGAGGGCCACCACAGCCCUGUUCUCACUCUGCCUCCGACUGCAGCGUAUACACACACACACACACGCAUGUGCGUGUGCACACACAUACACACACACACACACACACACACAAACAUGCUGCCACAGGAAGUAGCAGUGUCAGGAGCUGAUUUUCAUGCAAUUUAAAUCCAUACCCCUGUGGUCUGAAUUUGGAUGUGUGUGUGUUUGCAAGUGAGGGAAUGUGUGUGUGUAUGUGUUGUAAGCACGCGCGUGUGUUUUCAAGGGAUAAUUGCACUCCGCCGUUUAGCUCACCAAGGGUCAUGACAGAAAUUACACUGGAAAUAAAUGGACAGCAUUCAGUAUCCACUUACAUUUACAGUGCACGUUUUGCUGAACUGGAGGAAGAUCCUCUGCAACUUGAUUGUCAAUUCACACUGGCACAGUAAAGAUUACUACUGUAGAUAUCUGUAAAAAAAAAUAAUAAAAAUAAUAAUAAUAAUAAUAAAGAAAAAGAUGUUGUAAGCACAUAUACGCUAAACCCAUGUAUUGAUUUGAGCCAAAAACACAAGCAGGCAGUGGUGGAUGUAGCAUAAUUUGUUUGUAAAAGGGCUGAACAGCUAAGAUAGGGUUUUCUCUCGGAUAUGGGCAUUCUGGUAUAUCACAAUAAGCCUGUUAUCGUGACAACAAGGUUAUGUGUAAUCAAAAUGACUGUGUUGUUAGGUACUACAAGUUAGGUAGUGGAUAUUGAUUAUCAAUAGAAUGCUCACUUUGUACUAUGUAAGAUAGUGAUAAAGGUGUUUGAAUCAAAAACCCGCAUACCAAGAGUGCUGAGAAGAGAAAAAUGUUUGUAAGUGCAUAAAGAAUCUCUCUAUCUCUCUCUCUCUCCCCCCACUGGGUGUUCUCCUUCAUUCCCUCUCAUUUCUUUCUGAGUAACUAUCCUAUAUACAUGACCUUAUGCAUAACACUUACAGCUGUGUGUGAGGACUGUUGUCAGUAUAUUGGAUCUAGUCCAUCAAAGAAUUUGGGUACAGGCUCUCAUGCGGUUCACUAUCAUCCAGUGGGGGGUUUUAUAAUCGGCAUGGUACUAUACUGCCCUCAAGUGGUUAAAAAUGGCCACUGCUGAACAUAAUUCUAUAGGAAUUUAAUAUGAAGCCAAGAUCACUGGUGUAUUGCAGACUGGAUGUUGUAAGUGAUAGGGUUACUAAAUAUGCAUUUAAUUUUUUUAUGACAAGGUAAUUGCAGUAGGUAAUCAAGUGAACACUUGAAACACAAAUCAUUCCUUCUCUGUUGUCUUCUUCACAUGACUGUUAAUUCUACCUUCUGGAACAGGAAUUAACAUUUUUUAAAAAUAUAUUCUCUUAAAUAUCCUAACGAUAAGGACACCUUAUCAUGAGUUCUUUUAUAUCUUGAUGUAAGAAAUGAGUCAGAAAAUCAGCCACAGGUAACUUGAUGAAGAAAAAUAACUGUACAUGUAAUCUUAUAAUGCUAUUAUGCCCGCUUUCAGGUCCUUCCCCAAUCAGUGGUGUCUUUUCUAGUGUUAUUUGUUUGAGAAUAGUUUUUUGUCAAUUCUGACCGAUGGCGAGUAGUAUGACAUGCACUUUAUUUAACAAUAUUUUGUUUCACUAGCUGGUAGGCUAUUUGUUUUGUCUGUAUGAUGUUACUUUGGAGAGAAAAAUAUACUGUAUACAAACUAUAAAUACAUGGAUUCUACAAAAGAAAAAAAGGUAUAACAACAUUCCACAUUUCUCCGUUCACUGAAAAUGUAUUUAUUUGUAUCAUGGGGCAUUUUUGUUUGUGAUUGAUGUAAUUCAGAUGCAGACACCUGAAGUGCAGUAUGUGUAAUAAAAUUCAGAGAUUUGUUCCAAGCUUUGCCA